GCACAACCAAGUAAAUAAUUUGACAUCGAUGAUGGUGACAUCAUUCCAAGCGAUAAAAAAAACGAAUAACAAUUAACAACAAGAAAUGUGGACGCUGUAUUGCUCCAAUAAUAAAAAAACAAUUUUGACACUUUGAUUAUCAAAAGAAAAAUGUUCUCUUCUCGCUAGUGAUUGUUUUGUGUAAGCUGUCGUGAAAGUGAAAAAAAUUGCUUGCACGUAGAUGCUGUGAUGGAUGAAGUUUCAAUAAAUGAUCCUGGAGGUCUAACUUGUGCCGGUUGUCUAAAUGCAAUUGACGACGAUGAAUUUGUUCAAGCACUUAAUCAAGAAUGGCAUAUUGAUUGCUUCAGAUGCUCAGCGUGUGAUAUUGGCUUAUCGUCGUGGUACUUUGAGAAAGAUGGCUUACUUUUCUGUAAAGACGAUUACUGGGCAGCGUACGGAGAGGCAUGUCAAGUAUGUGGACAAAUCAUCACAGGCCCUGUCAUGUUGGCAGGAGAUCACAAAUUUCAUCCAGAAUGUUUUGCCUGCACCUCAUGUGGUGCAUUCAUCGGCGAUGGUGAGAGUUAUGCCCUCGUUGAAAGAUCAAAUCUUUAUUGCGGCGUUUGUUACAAACGACAAAUGCAACCACUGAAUAGAACUGCCAAUCAGCCUUUCUCAAGGAAACCUCACAGUAUUCGACUGGUAGAAAUCCCUCCAAACACUGGUGACUCUGAAAAACAAAGAGGUAUUAGAUUAACUUUGGAUACGACACCAAGUCCCCGUAGCUGUGGCGGUGGUUUACUCCGCAUAUCCGAGUUAUUGAAAAAUGUUCGUGGAAAGAUCUGUAAGCUGGUGGCCUCUAUCAUGGAGGUUUUCUUUAGAGUUUGCUGCCACUUCUCUAAUCAUAGGCUUAACAUGUCUAACGAUCUCAUGUCUUUACACAUUGGAGAUCGAAUUUUAGAAGUCAAUGGAACACCUGUCAAAGAUCAACCCAUUGAAAGUAUCGAGAAUCUAAUUCGAUAUUCAGACUCAGUUUUACAGUUAACAAUAGAACACGAUCCGGAUGCAGUUUCACGUAGGCCUAUUUUCUCAAAUAUUCCGUCCACAGUAAUGUCAAAAACAAGUCCCGAUAAUAAAGAGCGAAUUUUUAAAAGAAGAGACGAAGGAUACAUUAGCGGAACAAGAAGCAGACAAUUAAGAAGAACAAAGGAUCCACAUAAGGAAAGAAGCAGUUCGAUGUCAAGAUUAUUGGACGGAACUUCGCCAAAUCCGACCUGCGAUCUAAGUCGAACGAGAUCAUUUCGAGUUGAACCGAAGAAUCAGAGGAUUUUUCGAGCCAGCGAUUUGGUGAAGGGCGAACUUUUGGGAAAAGGAUUCUUCGGACAAGUGUAUAAGGUCACUCAUCGAGACACAAAGGAAAUUAUGGUGCUCAAAGAAUUAUACAGAGUUGAUGAAGAAGCACAAAAGAAUUUUUUGAAAGAGGUCGCAGUACUUCGGUCCCUACAUCACAAUAAUGUUCUACGCUUUAUCGGUGUCCUCUACAAGGACAAAAAACUUCAUCUCGUCACGGAAUUCAUAGCAGGUGGCACUCUACGUGAAUUACUUCACGACAGUAACAAACCCCUACCCUGGGAGCAAAGGACUUCUUUUGCAAAAGAUAUUGCAGCCGGCAUGGCCUAUCUCCAUUCAAUGAAUAUUAUUCAUCGUGAUUUAAAUUCUCACAAUUGUCUCGUUCGCGAGGACAAAACAGUUGUCGUCGCGGAUUUUGGACUCGCUAGAAUAAUGCAAAAUGGCAGUGCCUUGGACAAAAGAAAGUACAGUCGACAUUCCGAUGGGGGCGAGGCGAGAUGCUCGAAAAAGGAGCGCAAAAAACGUUACACAGUUGUGGGAAAUCCCUACUGGAUGGCACCGGAAAUGAUGAAAGGCAAUAAAUACGACGAGAAGGUUGACAUUUUCAGUUUUGGAAUUGUCGUCUGCGAAAUUAUUGGCCGAGUUCAAGCGGAUCCCGAUUAUUUACCAAGAUCAUCCGAUUUCGGACUCAAUAAACACGUUUUCAAGGAGAAAUUUUGCGCCAAUUGUCCCGAAACAUUUUACACAAUAGCUUUUCUCUGCUGUGAUUUAAAUCCCGAUAAGAGACCGCCUUUCGAAAUUAUGGAAGUUUGGCUAGAGGGUCUAGCAAUGCACUUAUCUGUCGGUGCAAGUCUACCGUCUGAUCUCGAAUUUGAUAUUCGUCAUUACAUGGGACCAAGUCCAAGUAGCAGUGAAUCGACAACACCCGAGACUCUAGCACCUCAACUGAAACCCAUCAACGAAGGACAAGUGCAUCAAGAGCGAAAACGAGGAGGCUGCAAUGACAGCACUCUAGAACGGGAAAUAUCCCCAGAACGUGGUGCAUCCGAAGAAGUCGACACUGUUCGCUACUCGAGGCAAAAUAGUCAAGAGAGCGGACGACAUCGAGGCAGAAAAUACUCCUCCGAAAAGAAAGAAACUGUUCUCGUCUCUCCCGAUAUCAGUGGAUUCAGUGGUAGAUAUCUAAGAACACACAAUAAAUCAAAAGAGAAAAAUUCUACCGAAGUUACCAAAGAAAAUUUACGCACCCUACAAAAUAGCCGAGACGAGGAAAAGACAGAAACAAAGUACAUUGAACCGGGAACAGAAUCAAAUUUUCCAAAAACCGGACAUGAAAACAAGUACAAAGUUAAUAAUUCCCAGGAGAAAAUUAAAUUCAAAACACCAAAUUCAACAAAUAUCGUUGGUACCUAUUUGCGUCAAAUAAGCAAAUCAAUAACACCUUCCGAGAAGGAAAAUAAAUCUUGUCGUCGCAAUAAUUCAAAUUCAAAAGAAAAUGAUUCUCGAAAAGGAACCACAACCACGGACGAGACAGUGAAUUCAAAAUCAACCGGUUGUUACUUGAGGAGAACAAAAAUAUCCCCAACGAAAGAAACAACAAAAAAUGCCUUCACAAGAGAUGAAUCAAUAGACAAUUGUGAGAAAACCGAAGAAUCAAAAUCCCCACUCUCACGUCAAAAAUUCCCACCAAAAAUCGAAAAUCUAUCCACCACGGACGAGAAUGAUUUGAAAAAUAUUCUCGAAACUAAAUUAAAAGCUGUCGAUAAUAAAUUGCGCAAUCCAUCAAAUUCCUAUGAGGUUCAAAGGAAGGACAGCUAUUUGGAUAGUGCGGUGGGUACAAUGAAAAGCGAUUUCUUCUCUGAACUCGAUUUAGAUAAACUUCGAGACGAGAGUGAAAUUCCAGAAUUAUGUCAUUCCCACAGUAGGUGUACAUCUCCAAUCGAGAGCACCGCUUUGUAAAAAAAAAAGAAGACUUGCCCUUUGAUAUUUGUACCUAGUUUUAGAUUUAAUUUCUUUUCUUUUCAAGGUUCUAUACUCUUAUCGAAUAGAAAUCUCCUUUUCUAUCGAACAAUUUGUACAUAAUCAGAAAUUCUUCAAUGGUCAGUAUUACAUCGAAUCUCGUUUGUAAAUUUAAUAUUUACAAGCAAAAAAAAAAUAUCUCGCAUAUAAAAAAACAUGCGAUUUUUGUAAAUUCAUUAAUGAAACAUCGAUAUUUAUUUGAAUCUCAAAAAGGAACUUUUCUUUUGACAUCUAAGAUGAGAUGUCUCUUAAUUUUUGAAGAAAAAGUCUGAGU